GCCCCACGCGGAACCCGCGGCUCAGACCUGUCCCCGGCGUCCCGACCCGCGGUGGACCCGAGGCCGGACCGGCCGCUGCGCAGUCGACGCCAGCCCGGGGCCUGCGAGGCACGCGCGCCCCGGGGCCCCCGCCGCGGGCACCAUGGGCGCUGCCCACUCCGCCUCCGAGGAGGUGCGGGAGCUCGUGGGCAAGACCGGCUUCUCCUCAGACCAGAUCGAGCAGCUGCACCGGCGGUUUAAGCAGCUCAGCGGAGACCAGCCCACCAUUCGCAAGGAGAACUUCAACAACGUCCCUGACCUGGAGCUCAACCCAAUCCGAUCCAAAAUCGUCCGUGCCUUCUUCGACAACAGGAACCUGCGCAAGGGGUCCAGCGGCCUGGCCGACGAGAUCAACUUCGAGGAUUUCCUGACCAUCAUGUCCUACUUCCGGCCCAUCGACACCACCAUGGACGAGGAGCAGGUGCAGCUGUGCCGCAAAGAGAAGUUGAGAUUUCUGUUCCACAUGUAUGACUCGGACAGCGACGGCCGCAUCACCCUGGAAGAGUAUCGAAAUGUGGUGGAGGAGCUGCUCUCCGGGAACCCACACAUCGAGAAGGAGUCGGCCCGCUCCAUCGCUGACGGGGCCAUGAUGGAGGCAGCCAGCGUGUGCGUGGGGCAGAUGGAGCCUGACCAGGUGUAUGAGGGGAUCACCUUCGACGACUUCCUGAAGCCUGGUGACCGUCUCCGGGAAUGCUGCAAGUGUCAGCCUUGCACCUCUCACACGAGCAGGGGGACCAGUCACGCCCACCGCAUCCAGCCCUUUUUUGAUGUGUGGCUUCCGAGGGCCAAGGAGCUGAUCUGGCAGGGGAUAGACAUCGAGACCAAGAUGCACGUGCGCUUCCUUAACAUGGAAACCAUCGCCCUCUGCCACUGACCCGCCUGCCCCCGCCCCCCGAAGUUGGCUGUGCCCACAGCCUCCCGUGGGACCCGAGGCCGCCCGGUUCCUUCCGCCACGGCUCGUGUAAAUAGCCCCCACUCCUCCGCUGUCUUGUUUUCCCGAGGGUGUGGUACCUGGGACCUCGGCUGUUUUUAUCUCUAAUAAAAAAGAAAACGGUUGGUUUGUUAAUGAA